AGCAGCAGCAGAUCCCCGGAUGUUUGCCUGAAUAAUGACGUGACUAUUCAAGAUGGCGAAAAUGCAGCAUGGUAACGCGUCCUCAAAGAAAGUAAAUUGUGCAAAGAUAACGAAAGAGUUUCAAUUACAUCUCGACUCAAGCGACGAUGAUGGCCCAGAAGAGGUGACAUUCGAAGAUUCAAAGACAUCCGCUCUACGGAGCAUGAAAGAAGCGUUGGAGACAACCAAAAGAGAAAAGGAGUUGCUCAAAGAAAAGCGAAGAAAGAGACAGGAACUCUUUCAAAAACAAAAAAAAAGGAGACUCCUCCCUGCUGAUAUUCUAGAAGAGAUUGAAACGGCUCCAUUCAAGAAACAGAAUCUACAAGCAGCUCAAGACUCUGUUGUAGGCAACGAUGAAGAGGGAAGCUGUUCAGAUGGAAGUGAAGAAGAUGAGACAGAGACCAAGAAAGGCCUCAAGGGUGAUGUACGCAGACUGAAGGGGAACUACAGUGUAAUGAGGGUAGCCACCCAAUCUGCGACCAAGUCUCAGCAGCAGACAGCCAUGGAUUUCAUACAGUCCAGAUUGUACGGCCCGGGAAGUCAGAGGACGACAACUAAUCAACUUCUCUCUCUUCAAAAUAAGAGAGGCCAAAAUAAAAGUGCGGCUGUGCAGUUUGUCAAUGAGAAAUGGGGCACAGAGAGGAAAGCAAAAGCAGAACAAAUGACGAAGCGAUGGAUUCACAAGCAGAAGGUUCCCUCCAACUGAGUGGGGCGCAGGCUGGAGUGGACACCUCUCAGAUAUGACUCCUCUUUACUCUUCCCGAUCUCAAAGAUCUGGAUAGGUUGAAGAAGAACCAGUUUAUAGAUUAAAUGUCUUUGAUUUGGAUGAGCAUGGGUUCCAAGGCUUUGGUUACAUCUACCCAGACUGUUCCGGAGCCAUGGCAUGUGCUAACUCUGUUAAUAAAAGGCAGAGGGCAUUGAGCAAUUUAUUAGAUUGGAGAUAUUAAGAAGCGGAUAAGGAUCUGUUACUACUUCCUGGUGGCGGUAAAAACAAUCUCUGAAUCAAAUGAGACCAGACUGAUGUGAUAAAUGCAGCCCAAGUGGAUAUUGUCUUAAUUCCAGAUCUUUGUGCCAUUUUGUCAGUUCCUACAACCUUAUUCCAUGUUUAGUGCCCUCCUUUUUACCCGGGCUCUGGUGAAAAGUAGUGAACGAUAUUUAAAAUAUGGCAGUAUGUAGCCCAGCAGUCAGAACAUCUGACCAGGAACUUAUUUUGUUCCAUUAAAUCCCAGAGCUGACAAGAUAUGGAUGCUGACUAUCAUAUUAGACUGAUCUUCUGCAACAAGAUUAACUUUGUAGAAACCGAACAGAUUUCUACAAAGUAGAGAUAUGGUGUACAUUUUGGUGGCUGGUCAGAACUCGAGGCCUGAUUGCCCAGACUGAUUAAACCUAGACCAGUCUAAAACAAAAUGUAACGGGAGAAUAUUUUUAGUCCAGGACUAGGUGUCUGGGAGUGCAGGCUUCGGUAGAUUGUUCCAUUAAAAUGUAAGACUUCA